AUGUUCCUCGCGGUCAAGCAGCUCCUGGGCCGGAGAUGUAGCCUGAAGGUGUCGGGGCGAGAGAGCGUGGCCAUGCUGAAGAAGCUGGUGUCUGAGCGGCUGCGGGUGCCCGAGGAGCUGCAGCACCUGCUCUUCCGCGGCCAGCUUCUGGCGGAUGACAAGCAUCUCUCCGACUACUGCGUUGGGCCCACUGCCUCCAUCAGUGUCACUGUGCGGCCCCUGAAGAAGACGGCGCCCGAGGAGGCCCACCAGCCCCAGCGCCGGUGGCACCACCGGGGCCAGGUCCUAGCCAAGCACUUUGGGCCGGACACCGAGGCAGUGCUGCACCUGCUGAGGCGGGAGCACAAGGAACGUCUGCGGAGGGCAAGCCUGGGGGAGCUGGAGCGGCUGGCGCGCCACCUCCGGAGCAAGGAGCCGCUCGCGGAGCCCACGGGGGAGAGGGAGCCUGAGGCUCAGAGACCCGGAGACAAGGAGGAAGAGGAGGAGGCCAAGCAGCAAACCGGCCAUGCUACUCGUUUGCGCGCUCAAAUUCGCCCAGCCUCAUCCUGCUGCCUGGCGACUCCCCACUAG